AUGAAGGUCUACACGCCCCAAAUCUCCUGGCACAAUCGUCACUCCCUUCUCAGCGUUGACAUUCAAAAUCGACCAUUCGGCGGCGGCGGGCAAGAAGAUCCGCAACAGCCGCAGCAACAGUUGAGAUACCGCCUUGCCACCGGCGGCAAUGACUCUCGUGUCAACAUCUUCCGAGUCGCCUUCAACAGCUCCGAGCGGACCGAGGAGGCGGCUGUCGUCCCAAACAAACCUCGGGUCAACGUCGAGUGCCUGGCGGAGCUGACCAGUCACCAGCGCCCGGUCAACAUUGUCCGCUUUUCGCCGAACCUAGAGGAUAACUACCUCGCCGCCGGCGACGAUGACUCGCUCAUCUUCAUCUGGAAGCUCUACGAGGCGGUGAAGGAGGAUGGUGGUGGACUGCUGGAGACGAGCUCGACAAACGCCGACGGCAGUAAAGGACUGGAAACAGCGCAGCAAAACGGCGAUGCUGGGGGGAACAUGCUGGAGGACGUCAUCGCCGAGGAGACCUGGAAGCCGUUCAAGAUCCUCCGCGGCCACAACCAGGACGUGACCGACCUUGCCUGGAGCCGGGACGGCAAGCGGCUGGUGUCCGGCUCGGUGGACAACAACGUCUUCGUCUGGGACGUGGCCCGCGGCAGCAAGCUGCAGAAGGUGCUGAAGGAGCACAACAGCUACGUGCAGGGUGUCGCCUAUGACCCGCUCAACCGGUACAUUGCCUCGCUGUCCGCCGACCGAAGCAUGCUCGUCUUCAACGUGAACACCGGCAAGACGGUGCACCGAGUGUACAAGCUGACCACCGGGGAGAAGGAGAACAAUAAGGAUAAGGAUAAGGAUAAGGAUAAGGAUAAGGAAGAGGAGGCUGAAAAGGAGAAUGAAGUGAAGAGUGAGGAAGUGAAGGCGCAAGAUGAGCCGGUGGAGGCGCCAGCAGAGACAGCAAAGAAGACAACCACCAGCACCUCAAGCAAGCUCUUCUUUGAUCAGACGCUGACGUCCUUCUGCCGUCGACUGACCUUCAGCCCCGGCGGCGAGCUGCUCUUUGCCCCGUCGGGCAUCAUCGAGACCGGCGGUCCUGAGGAGUACAAGAACACCGUGCACGUCUUUCAGCGAAGCAACCUGAGCAG